UGGCUCGAUAUUCGCUGUACACGGCGAUAAGGGAACGGUCUAUUUAAAGCGCAUCCUGGAUCCGUGAGCAGUACGUGUCUUGCAGUAUCAUAUGGUGGCAGUGCGAUCACAAGCCAUGAUGCUGCGUAUCAUACUGUGUAUUACACUGUGCUGGACCCUGGCGAAUGCCUACUCCAGCACGUAUAUUAUCGUCUCUCCGAACGCCGUACGACCGGGACUCCCUUUGAACGUCAGCGUGUCCAUCCUUAAGGCGCCCGCGCCAGUAGAUGUCACGUGUACCCUUGUCAAGAACAACGUCGAUAUUACGUCACAGACCGGGACAUUUCAAGCAGGAAAGCCUGGGACCCUUUUAGUUCAGGUUCCGACCAGCUCUACUUCCGGGUCGUACAGUCUGCGCGUAGUAGGAAGCGGAGGAUUGCGCUUCAGGAAUGAGUCCCAGCUCGCCUACAAGUCUAAAGGAAUGUCCAUCUUCGUCCAGACGGACAAGGCCAUCUACAAACCCGGACAGACAGUGCGUUUACGAGCGUUGGCAGUGUAUCCCGACUUGAAGACCUUCAAUGGUCCUAUGACAGUGGAAAUCUACGACUCGCUGAAGAACAAAAUUAAGAGAUGGGUCAACCUGCAAGAGCCCUCUGGUGUGGUAGCUGCUGAUCUUCCUCUCUCAGAACAACCGCCCCUUGGCAACUGGAAGAUCAAAGUGAUCGUGGCGGGCCAAACCGAGGAAAAGCAGUUCAGUGUGGACGAAUACGUUCUUCCAAAAUUUGAGGUGACGGUGAAUCUACCAUCAUUCAUGCUGACCACGGAUACACAACUCAAGGGAAGCGUGAGCGCAAAGUACACCUAUGGCCAAGCAGUGGAAGGCACAGGUGUCGUGAAGUUGAAACUUGAUUACUAUUCGUAUAGGUACAAGGGACCGAGGGAGAUCGUCAAGCAUCUCACGCUGGUCGACGGGAAAGCCGACUUCACAGAGGACGUGGCGGUUUUGAAGAAUAUGUAUUAUUAUGGACUAAGCUACAGAAAAGUAAUCGUGGACGCCCAGGUGACAGAGACCCUCACUGGCAUUACGCUGAAUGGGACGGCAGAAACAAAGUUCCACACUACUCCAUACAAGAUAGAGAUACCGUCCUCCACCCCUAAGUCUUUUAAACCGGGACUUAGAUACACCGGCUUUGCGAAAGUGAGCUUGCAAGACGGGAGACCAAUUGUUGGAGCACGCCCAAAACUUCAGAUCGACACCCGGGUUCAAUAUCCAGAGUUCAUUCCAGAUGGAGUAACUACAACCACUCCCCGCUACUACUGGGGUGUGUACCCCCGGUACACCUACAAAAGUGAGCCCACUCAGGUACUUGAGGUACCGGAUGACGGAUUUGUUCAUUUCAACAUGGAUGUUCCAAAGAGGGCAUCAGAGGUUUCAUUCACAAUUAAAUAUGGACCCAUAUCACGUUACCACAGUGCUGAUGCCUUCAAGUCCCCAAGCGACAGCUUUCUUCAGGUCCUACUAAAAACACCAUCGCCACAGGCUGGAAGCAAUGCUGAAUUUGAAGUCAAGUCGACCGAGCAAGUGAAGGAAGUGGUCUACCAGAUUUUGGCUCGUGGGAACAUUGUGUCAACAAAGAGAGUCACUGUGUAUGCCGCCAAACCACUCCAAGUUGCUAUUACCCCAGAGAUGGCGCCUAAAUCCAAGAUGGUCAUCUACUAUGUACGUAGCGACGGGGAAGUUGUUGCAGACAGUCUUAAUUUUAACGUGAAGGGAGCUUUUAAAAAUCAGGUCUCCAUUCAAUUUGACAAAACCAAGGCAGAACCCGGCCAAAAAGUAAGCGUGUCGCUGUCUGCCGAUCCUGGAUCGUUUGUAGGCCUCUUGGCUGUAGACCAAAGUGUGUUGCUGCUUAAAUCUGGGAAUGACAUCACUCAAGAGGAGGUACUGGGGGAAUUGGAUACAUACGAUACAAGGAAAGAAUCGUUUUAUGGCUGGGGUGGAGGUCCAGUCAUUGGGAGAAAGAAGCGGUCGAUUUGGUGGUAUCCCAUUCCGAUAGGUGGCACUGAUGCGCAUGACAUGUUCCAGAACACCGGCGUCGUUGUUUUAUCCGAUACAAUGCUUUACCAGCAUAAAGAACCAAUGAUAUAUCCUCCCUUGCCAAUGCCGAAUGUAAUGCCGGCUGUCAAUCCCAAUCCAAUCCCAAUGCCGAAUGUUAUUCCAAUGCCGAAUCCAAAUCCAAAUCCCAAUCCAAAUCCUGGCGGCACCACCGGGACACAGCCACUGCAAGAGGUGGGGCGAAUACGUAAUGUCUUCCCGGAGACAUGGCUUUGGCAAAAUGCCAGUAUCGGUACAACUGGUACGGCCGCCCUCAGUACCAUCGUGCCGGACACUAUUACGUCAUGGGUGGCCAGUGCGUUUGCUGUCCACUCAACGUCUGGGCUUGGAGUAGCUGCAGAUACGGCAAAGUUAGAGGCAUUCCGCCCGUUCUUUGUUUCUCUGAACUUGCCAUAUUCAGUAGUACGUGGAGAAGAGCUCAUCUUGCAAGCGGUGGUUUUUAACUACAUGGACCAAGAUAUGGACGUUCUUGUGACACUGGAAAAGUCUAACGAAUUCAAGAAUAUUGUGUUGGACAAAAUGGGUAAAGCAACAACUGUGUCUGAGACACAGACGGAGAGAGUCAUGGUCCAAGCUGGGAAAGGAUCGUCCGUUUAUUUCCCCAUAAUUCCAUCUGCUCUGGGAAAGAUCGACAUUCUGGUAAAGGCACAGUCACCAGUUGCAGCUGAUGGAGUGCAGAGACAGUUGCUUGUUGAGGCCGAGGGUGUUCCUCAAGAGUACAACCAGGCUGCGAUGAUCGAUUUAACCAGCAAGUCAACGUUUAGCAAGACGUUCCAAAUUGAGCUUCCAUCCAACCUCGUGCAAGGGACUACUCAGAUACAGGCAUCUGUCAUAGGUGAUUUAAUGGGACCAGCCAUGGCGGACAUCGACAGCUUGUUGAAGAUGCCAUACGGCUGCGGUGAACAGAAUAUGCUCCACUUUGCUCCCGAUGUUUUCAUUUCAAAAUAUCUUACUGAAACAAACCAGUUUGUCGGUGAGAUAGAGAGCAAAGCCAUUUCAUACAUGGAGAAAGGCUACCAGAAGGAACUUACUUACCAACACUAUGAUGGUUCUUUUAGUGCGUUUGGGAACAGAGAUUCUUCUGGCAGCAUGUGGCUGACCGCAUUUGUUGUGAAAUCUUUCCACCAAGCACGUGGCCUCAUCUUUAUCGAUGACGAGCUUCUUACCAAAGCUAUCAACUGGAUGAUUAGAAAGCAGAAUAUAGAUGGGUCCUUCCCAGAACCUGGCCGUGUACUCCAUAAGGCAAUGCAGGGUGGUUCAUCGUCAGGCGUGUCUCUGACUGCAUAUGUUGUGAUCGCUCUUCUGGAAAAUAAGGACCUGCCUAAUUCUCAUGGAAUCACCUCCGCCACUGCAAGCGCCGUAAGCUACCUUGAGAACCAAGUGACGUCCAUGUCGGACCCUUACGGUCUGUCCAUUGUCACCUAUGCCCUGCAGCUGGCCAACAGUAAGAAGGCGGACGACGCUUUCAAGAAACUAGAUGCCUUGGCAACACUGGAAGGUGGCUCCAAAUACUGGAAGCAGCCCGAAGUCGCCAAGCCGGCGGGGCGCUAUAGGAACACCUACGAGAGACAGCCCAAAGCUAACAAUGUGGAGAUGAGUGCGUACGCUCUCCUUAUCUAUGCCGAGAGGAAGGACCUAGCAGGAGGAUUGCCUGUGCUGAAAUGGCUGAUCUCCCAGCGCAAUGCGCACGGAGGGUUUGCCUCAACUCAGGACACGGUGAUGGCGAUGCAGGCGCUGUCCAUGUUUGCUGCUAAGAUCUACACUGGCUCGGGUCAGAACAUGCAAGUGACCGUGGCCAGCGAGGGCUCUACCAGAACACUGAGCGUUGACAAGACGAAUGCCAUCAUCCUACAAACCUUACCGCUCCCAAGCAGUACCAAACAGGUGGCCGUAUCGGCAACAGGAAGCGGAAUGGCUCUUUUCCAGGUUUCCGUGUCGUAUAACAUAGAUAAGGUGGAGCAAGAGCCGUCCUUUGCUGUGGAAGUCUCCCUGUUGAAGGAGAGCCAGAAUAGCCUUACGGUCAAAGUGUGUUCGAGGUGGCUGGAGAACAGUCCAGCAAGUGGCAUGGCGGUGAAAGAGAUUGGAAUACCUAGUGGAUUUGAGGCUGAUCUGGAGAGCAUUUCACAGCUUUCUACACUGAAGAAGACGGAGAAUGCCUUCAGGAAGAUAGUGGUUUAUCUUGACGAGAUUAGCGCCCAGUCAACUUGCAUCACCUUCAAUGCACAGCGUGUUGCUCAGGUGGCCAAAGCCCAGCCCGUAGCUGUCAGGGUUUACGAUUACUAUUCCCCAGAUAACCAGAUCACCGUCUUCUACCAGUCGAAGGUUUUGACCGACACCACGGUCUGUGACGUCUGUGGCCAGAACUGUGAAAUCUGCAAGAAGGGCAAGUAGCAGAGAGGAAAAGCAAGCCCCUCGACGGUGACAUUGUCUGACAGUGUCGAACUCUGGUACAUGCACUGAAUGUGCCGAAAUGUCUUUAUUUAGAAUUAUGCUUUAGAAAUUAAGAUUUUAAAUGAACAUUCAAUAGUUUUAAUAUAUACUUUUAAUCAGAGAGAUCUUGAUUAAGUGCAUAAGUGGACAUAAAUAGGUGUGUUUUUUUUUUCGAUCAACAGUCCAAUUUCAUAAAAUGUUGCAUCAGCAUGGUCAAAAAGUUCAAUAAAGAAAUACAUUUGCAAUUUUA